UCGGCGAGAAUAUCUAUACAAGUACUCCAUCUAUACCAGUACAGAAAAGAAAAGAACAGACAACAUGUUGCUCAACAAUAUCCUCCCCGUCCUCCUCCCCCUCAUCGCCCUCAGCAGCGCCCACCCCACCUCCAAAGCCUGCGACUACACCUGCGGCAAAGCCUGCUACAACGAGGCCGCUGUCGCCGACGCGCAAAAGGCCGGCUUCGACCUGCACGAGCAGGGCGAGGCGAUCGGCGACAACGACUACCCGCACAAGUACAACAACUACGAGGACUUUGACUUUCCCGUUGAACCCACUUACUACGAGUUCCCGAUCCUGAGCUCCGGCGAGGUCUACGAUGGUGGUUCGCCUGGUGCGGACCGUGUUGUGUUCAAUGAGAAUAAUAAGUUGGCGGGCCUGAUCACGCAUACUGGUGCUAGUGGGAAUGACUUUGUUGCGUGUACUUAGAUUUAUAGGAUGAUGGUUUGAACUUCUUUGUGUUCUUUUGUAGGAGAGGUCCUGCUAAGUAUGACGUUUGAAUGGGUAAGGUUGACUGUUGACCAGUUGGCUGGGGCUCAUGGGGGCUUGACUGCAUGUUGGUGGUGUUUGGGAUUUCUUUUCUUUUCAUCUCGAUGUUCUCUCUAUCUUUUUUAUAUUCUUUGCAAGAAUCUAAGAUUCUGGUGUUGGUUUUGACAAGUCGUAGUGUUUGAUCCAGGCUCGUUGGAUGACUUGGGUAACGUUUGUUCAGACAAGGCCGAAGACAUCAUCCCCUGAGUCGAAUUAGACUAUGGAACACGGUCUUGGAGAACAACCUGGAAAUACUCAGU